GAGAAGGUCACGAGUACGUAUUGGACAUUCGACGCUAGUUACAGAAGUAGGGCGAGCAACGUACCAACCCUUAGGCUAGCAGCGUGAAGCGUCGAAACCGGCUCAAUGAGCUAAAUGAGACGAAAUGUUUGGUUGUGGAGGCCUGCUUCUGCUACUAUCACUGUGAGCCGGUGAUGCUAGGAACCGUUGAGCAAGGAGGGUUUUGAGUCGUUGAUCCCAGGAUCUGAUGGAGAAACUUUCAGAAUGGAGGAGAACGGCUUCCGGAUCUAGAGGCCCGAGAUUCCGCGAACCACGCUAAGAAUGAGUGACCUACAACCGCCCUGAGUGGGCUUAUUAUCGUCGACUUCCGGUCGUCUGGAAACAUGGAUGGAUCAAGAAGUUUCCCGAAUCAAUCUGGACCGUUCGAUAGUUCAGAUUUGCACUUUCCGCGAUGCCGUCCCUACACUGAGUCCUCGCAGGUCAACGGCGAGGAUAAGCUCUUACCAAUCAACGGCCACGAUCGCUGCAGGUAUUCCGCGCAAGUGGAUCUCCGUUUCCUGCGACGCUUGUUGGCCCUGUUGCGACUCGCUGGUGCGAAAUAUGCUGUGUUACUGUUACUCCUCGCUCUCACGAACAUCCCCAUCGUCGCGAAAAUGGGUACUGUUACAGGAACGUUCUAUUUCGCCCUCGUCAAUGCAAACCCCGAUGCUUUCCUCAAGACCCUCGGGAAUUCCGCGAUCUGGCUGAUCCUGGCCGCUGUUUCCACGGCGCUAACUGAUUGGUCCGCGCAGUUUCUUUGCCUGAAAUGGCGGAAGACUCUGACGUCAGCGUGCCACGUGGCGUACAGGAGGAGCAGUUGGCUGUAUUUCGCGUCUCUCGAUAAAUGCGGCAUCCCCGCGGUUGCAGUCGGUAAACCCGUUACUGACGCGAAUGACCCCUCUGUACCCGUUAUAGACAACCCUGAUCAGCGGAUAACGGAGGACAUUCACCGCUUUGCGGAGCAGGUUUCGCUGCUGCUAAGCAGAACAGUAACCGCGCCGCUUACCGUGCUCUACUACAGCUGCUGGGUCAUGUCUUUAAUCGGUCCCAUGGGCCUCCUAAUCAUCCUCCUGUUCUUCACGGUCGGAGCAGUCAUAACGCGCCACGUCAUGGCUCCAGUGGCAGCCUUAGUUGCCGAGCAGGAAAGGCGGGAAGCGGAGUUUCGUAUGGCGCAUGUCAGAGUUAAGGAGCGGUCCGAGGACAUCCUUUUCUCGCGCGGGGAGGACGCCGAGGCGCGCCAGCUCGGCGCUGAGCUGGCAGCCGUCCUGGCCAAUCAAGAGAAGCUGGUCUGGCGGUACUUAAAGCUCGGAAUCACCACUAAGUUGUUCGACUAUGCUGGCGUGGCCGUUAAUUACCUAGCACUAGCAGCACCCAUAUUCGGGAUAGUAGGAGCAGGUAUAGCCGGGGGAGGUGUUAUUCCAGGAGGCGGGGGAGAUAGUAAGGAUAAGGGGGCUGUAGCACAGUGGAUUAGUAACGCAUCGUUCGCAAUAUUGCAACUGAUAUUUGGGGGGUCUCAGAUUAUUGAUGCUGCAAGGAUUAUAUCGGAUUCUGCUGGGUACACUGCACGAGUUGGCGAGCUGUUCGAGGGCUUGCAACUGCUGCCUUCCCCUCGGUUAGAGUCACAUCGGGUACAGACACAUGGAAGGGAUGUGCCGUUUCCUCCAUCACCGCCAUCAGCAGCAGCAGCAUCAGCGUCAGCAUUAGCAUCGCCACCAUCGAAAAGUCGAGCUAUAUGGGAGAGAUUGAGCUGGAAAAAGGGAGCUGGUUACUCAAGGAAAUGUGGCAACGCCGGCGUGAGUGAAAUAACAGGGCUGCUGGAUGUGAGAGUGGAGAGGGGGGAGGGAGGAAGCAGAACCAGCCCCGAUACGAACGAGCAGAAUGUGCAGACAGAUAAGGAGGUGACUGGUUACGGGACCUGGAAAGGAGGAGACGCAGGAGGAGCGGGUGUUAGCACGUGGACAGGUGUGGGGGAGUGGAUGCGUCAGGGAUAUGAUGCGCAAAUCGCCGGAGGAGAACAGGAGAAGAACACCGGAUGUUCUCAAAUCACGCCGAGUGUGAGGGAGUUCAUGCUCCAGGGACCAACCUGGCUGAUGGUGCCGCGGCCACAAGGCACUGAUGGGAGGGCAGCAGAAAGGGAGAUUGGGUGGUCGUGCUGCCACGUGUCUGCUCCUGCAUCUGUGGAAAGCGCUCGUACAGGGGAAGAGGCAGGGGAACGGCAGCAAGGCAUGCAUCCCCUGCUGCAGUACUCCAUUCACUCCGUUCCUCCGGAGCUUCGCUCCCUUGUGGCCGCCCUGGUGCCGCAGCACAGGGGCAGAGGGGAGAAGGGAGGGCGGAUAGGAGGAGUGGGAAAUGUUAGCAGUGGAUUGGGGGAGGGGCAGAAGAGCAAGGGAGGGAAGAGUGGGGGGGAGGCACUGUGCGUGAGGUUAGAGGAAGUGAGGCUGGAGGAGGUGAGGGUGGAGGAUGUAAAGGAUGUGAAGAUCGUGGUGACGUUUCAGUGCAGCGACGUGCCUCUCUGGCCCAUUCACAGCGACUCCUCUGCUGCUGCUCCUGCUUCUUCUCUUUCUGCCGCUGCUGCUGCCUCUGCUCCUUCUCCUGCUGCUUCUGCCGGUGCUACUCCUCCUGCAGCUCCUACAGCAGCGCCCGUAAGUUCAGCACGCGCGGACGCGAGUCCACCAGCAACAAACGCAGCACAGGCAGACGUGAGCAGGGCGAUGAAUCGCCUGCUCUUCAACUUCCGGCUCUUCCAGCAGCAGCUGUGCGAGCAGCUCUGGGCCGCUGGCCACUGGGCGGACGCUGUUGACCCCCUCACAGGUUACCUCAUGCACGCUGCUGCUGCUGACAGCACUGCUGCGUAUGGUAAUGACAGUGUUGGCAGCGGUGGUGCCAGAAAUGGUGGUGCUACCAGCGGUGGUGCUACCAGCGGUGGUGCUACCAGCGGUGGUGCUACCAGCGGUGGUGCUACCAGCGGUGGUGCUACCAGUGGUGGUGCUACCAGUGGUGGUGCUACCAGUGGUGGUGCUGGCAGCAGGUGGCCGUUCCCCACCCCAGUGAAGUACAACGAGGUUGACAUCGCACAGAUUCUCCUGGGCUACCCUGUUGCUCCCACUGCCACAACGGAUUGGACAGCAACUUCAACCAAUGAAACUGCAACAUCAUCAGCAGCGGUGUCAGGAUCAGCAUCAGGAGGAGCAGUAGCACUGGUAGCAGCACUACCACCACCACCACCACCACCGUUGUUGCCCUCGUGCCCGCUGGUCCUCCACCCAACCUUCGGCACCCACACCUACCCAGCCUCGCUCCUCACCACCGCCCCUCUCCCUCUCCUGCAAUCCGCCAUCUGCCACGUGGCAGGCACUGGUUGGCGCCUGCCAGGCUGGCAGGAGGAGCCGGGGGUGCUGGUGGUAGGGCAGGGGAUGGGAGAUGGAGGGAGCUUUGACUCUGCUCCUCUACCAGCGAAGGGAGCAGAAGGAGAAAACAGGGGGGAAGAGAGAGAUCUAGAGGGAUUUGAUUCCGUCCUGCAACCACCGUGCCACACCUGCUCCCCCUCCUCCUUCCCUCCUGCACUCUCUCUCUCCCGUCUCACCCUCACCCUCCCCCACACCAACCAUCUCCUCGUCUCCAACCUCUCCCUCCACCUGCCACGUGGCAAGGCCCUGUUGGUCACCGGGCCUAGCGGGUGCGGCAAGACCAGCCUCCUGCGAGCCAUUGCCGGACUCUGGCCAACCAGCAGCCGUCACGUCAGCAGCAGCAGCAGCAGCAGCAGCAGCAUCCCAUCUGUUGCUGCAGUCCCCCCUUCCCCUGUGAGCCUAUUCCCCCCUUCCGCCUUCCCCCAUGUCAUGUUCCUUUCGCAGAAGCCCCUCCUUGCGCCUUCCCCCUGCCUGGCCGCCCAAGUCAUGUACCCCAUGCACCCUGGGAAUUGCAGGGGUAGAGAGUGUGAUGACGCCUGCUGUGUGCACCCGGGGAAGUGUGGGGAGAGGUGUGCGCAUGAUGAGAUGAUUCUGUGUAGAGUGGAGGCUGCUCUUGCUGUGGUGGGCUUGGCACAUCUGUUACCACGUCUCCUCUCGGCCGUGUCCGGUGGUGGAGGGGUGGAGUCUGGGGAGAAACAUGUUGAGAACCGUGUGGUUUUGCAGGAACAUCACAUGCGGCAGCAGCAGCAGCAGCAGCAUUCGGGUUGUCGUGAUUGUCCAGGCUCUGGGACAGCUCUAGAGCAGUUGGGCAACAGUCAGAGUUGGAUGGCGGGGCUUUCUCCUGGGGAGCAACAGCGGCUUCAGUUUGCAAGAGUGGUGUUCCAUCGGCCAAGGCUGGUGUUCCUUGACGAGGCUACCAGUGCCGUAGAUGCAGAGAUGGAAGCACGGAUGUAUGCCUGGCUUGCCAGGUUUGGGACCGCAUUCGUUAGUGUUAGCCAUAGGAAGGAGUCUCUGCGGAGAUGGCACCAUGCAGAGCUCGUACUAUUAGGAAAUGGCUUAGGGAGGUGGAGAAUAGUGCAAUGAGUUUGCGAAGAUCAUUCAUAGUAUUCCUGUUUGUGCC